ACUUUAAUCAAACGGGAUUUAUGGGUGGGAGACAAAAGGAUAAUAAUAACUAAAACAAAACUCAUUGUACACAUUUAAUCUGUGCCUAUUUUUUCUGAAUAGUUCUAUGCUGUUAUAUAACUCUAUAUACUAGAUAUAUAUCUAUACUGAGGGGGUCUGUGAUUGUUUUUCUUUCUUUCUUAUAGUUAAUGUGAUCUACAUACUGUAGUUUUCCAGUAGAUCUGAUAUCUGCAAUACAGGAAUGAUUCCAUGCAAAAGCACAUGAUCAUACGACAAUAACUCGAGAUACUCACGCACACGGUUCAUUCUCUGUGUGUGUGUGUGUGUGUGUGUGUGUGUGAGAGAGAGAGAGAGAUCUGAAAAAGGAGAUCAUAUAAAUGUGAAUAGACUGCGACCUUCGCACUUUAACCUACACACGGGAGUGUGUGUGUGUGUGUGUGUGUGUGCGUGUUGGAAACACGUCAGUGUGUGUGAGCGGCGGAGUCUCAGUGACUACACAGGAAAAAUACGUUGCUUUCAACUUCUGUACAAGUGUAGUGACUUGGCUGCGUGCUUUUUGAUAGCUUCUGCUCUCCAGCCAUGAAAAGUCUGAAACAGAGACUGAAGAAACACGAAGCGUCGAGCAGCGCUAUGGACUGGAAUAAGUAUGACGAGCGUCUCCUGAAAGCAGUGGAGAAUGGUGAUGUGGACAAAGUCUCCAACACACUCAGGAAAGGAGCAGUCGCCACCAAACUGGACGCUGAUGGCCGAUCUUCGCUUCACCUAGCAGCAAGCAACGGGCUUAUAAAUAGCCUCAAUGUUUUCCUUGCCCACGGUGUCAACCUACGCACAGCAGAUGCUGCUGGUAAAACUGCACUGCAUCUUUCUUCAAGAGGCGGCCAUUCUGCCUGUGUGCAGCGUUUGUUGCAGUGUAAAAGUCCUGUUGACAGCACAGAUCUGCAAGGGAGGACAGCUUUACAUGAAGCAGCUUAUGCAGGUCACACUACAAUAAUCAAAAUGCUGUGUAGCAGCGGUGCAAGUGUCAGUGCUGUCGACAAGGAUGGUCGUUCUCCUUUGAUGAUAGCAGCACAGAUGGGCCAUACCCGAGCUUGUCAACAACUUUUAAAUUGUGGGGCUUCAGUCAAUCUUCGAGACAAGCAAAAUAAGACUGCACUCAUCUUGGCUUGUGAGCACGUUUGCCGUGAAGUAGUGGAGGUCUUGCUGAAGCAUAAGGCAGAUGUCACUACCGUGGACCUGCAUGGCCAUGACUUGUGCCACUACGCCCGACUUAGUGGAGACCAAGCCUUGAUCAUGAUGAUCAAACAAGCCUGGGAUGCAGCCAGCAAAGAGGCUUCCAGGACUGGUCCACAGUUACAGCAGCAGAGGUCAGUGAAUAAUGAAACACAUGCUCUUGUGAGGACGAUGAGUAUACAGGCUCCCGCUAAAGGCCCAUCUUCAGGCAUCAGCUGCCUUAACACCGUUCCACCACAGCAGCAUGCAAAGGAGUAUGGCAGCCAUUCAGAAAAUGGAAAAGAUAACCUACAGAGUUAUCAUCCAGAUUGUGCACAGGUUAGUCAUCAUGCCCCUCAUUCAGCAGCUCCGGCCUCAUUCAAAGCAAAGGAGGUGCUGGCUGGUGAGGCUGAUCUCCUUAAGAGGGAACUAUGGGAGACGAGGCGGAGGCAUGAUGCUGCCCAGGAAGAGCUGUUCAGGUUGGAUGCGGCUCUAGUCCUACGCACUCGGGACUAUGAGGAGUUGAGGAGAAGUAGUGAGCGAGCACUGCAGCAGGCCCAUAGCCAUGCUUGGGAGCUGGAGGAGGCACUGGGGGAGGUGCAGCGUAGAAUGGCCGGCUCGGAGGCUAGGGUGAGGCAAAUGCAGGCACAUUUGGUAGCCAUGCGUGAGAACCUAGUGGAGGAUCUGAGAGUACAACUGUUCGAAGCCAGAGCAGAGCUUCAUCGAGCACACGAGGAGCUUGGCCAAAGCAAGAGGGAAGCUGAGGAGCAAAAAGAGAGGAAUGACAUGCUCCUACAGGAGGUACACAAGCUCACUGAGGAGCUGCUGAAGAAAGAGGACAUAAAUGCACUGCAGGCAAGUCGGGAAGCUCCGAGAACCCAAGUGGCUUGUAAGGAAAUACAAACCCCCUCGGAAUGGAAGCCUGGUUCUCCAAAAGCCACCAUGACGGAUCUAACGAGCGAGACUCUUCAGCGAGAGCUGGAUAAGAAGAGCUACAUCAGCGUAGAGGAGCAUGAGUCUAUAAGAAGCUCACUCAGUACUGCACUUCACCAGGCACAAAGGCAGGCUCAGGAAGCACUGCUGAGGCAGCAGAAAACCAGUGAGGAAAACCAGAGUCUCACAAGAGAACUGCAGGAGCAGAGGACAGAGCUGGACACUCUGCAGGAGGCCCUACAGGCCCGGUUUGUGCCUGUGGCUAUGCUGGAGACGAAGGAGAAUGAGGUAGCUCAGCUUAGGCUGACUCUUAAACAGAUGGAGAAGAGCAUGGAGAGGGAUGAGGAAGGCAAGAAUGCAAGUGCUGAACUGCAGAAGCCGCCUCAGCCUGAGCAAACAUCUCGGUGCGAUAGAGGCACACAGACUGAGGAAACUCUAGAAAAGCGUACACCCACCACUGUCAACUGUAAGGAGGCAACUGAAAUGCUACUAACUACUGCUGAUGGACAAAAUAAGGAUUCAGAGAUAAUAGUGGAGGCAGAAGGUCAGAGGGCGGCUCAGAACAGCUCAACACACAGUAGUGUCCAUAGCCUUGUGCACUCAGACAGCAGCACCAUCCUGCAGGCCCACAUUAAGAGCCUGCAACAGCAGCUAGAGAACUCUGAAAGACAUUAUAGACAAGUUCUUGGUAUAUAUCGUGCACGUCUUCUCAGUGCAGCACAGGGUUACAUGGAUGAGGAGGCCAGAUUGGCACUGAUUCAGAUUGCCAAAAUGAGACAGGAGUGUGUAUGUUGAUCAUUGCUUAUCUCUGUCUCUCUAGGUCAGAGUCUCUGCAUUAUUCUCUCUAACUCUCUCUAUCUGAGUGUGUAUGUGUGUGCAUGAGAGAGCGAGAGAGAGAGAGAGAGAGAGAGAGAGAGAGAAAUGUAUAAUUGUAUUAUUGCUUAUGUUUAGGAUUGAAACCACUUGUGAAAUAUCGGUGACAACUACUGUACACAAGUUCAUGCGCCUUUUAUUCAAUAUUAUGUAAAUAUAUUAAAUAAUUAUUAUUUUAUCAAAUGUAUAAUAUGUACAAAUUACUAACUGUUCUUUUUUUAUGGCUUCUUCUAAAGAAAAUAUUCACCAUCAAAGCUCUUGUCCUUUUUUUCUUCUUUUUUUUGAAGAUAUAAACUUUACAUUUCUUGAGACCUUCUGAUCUGGGUAUGGUUAAUGAUUCAGGUAUCUUAAUUAAGUGGCUGUUACUGCUUCUGUACAUGUUGGAGGAACAGGACUGCCCUCUUGUGGAUUCUGCUGCAAACUGAUUUGUAGUGAGGAGAUAUGGAGGUUGUACAAUACAGAUUGUACUGAUGUACUGAUUUUGUACAAAUGCUUUGUAGUCAAACUCACCUUCACGGACUAAUAGAGUCUGGUGAGUGGACCCUGUCCAGGGCCUGAAUGUAAAGUGCAGUCUAUCCUCACACAACAAAUUUCUACUAAUAUUGAUUAGAAUUCCCACUUUCUCCAAGAAAGACAAUAAUUGCACAGUUAAUAAAUCCUAGCCUCUUAAAAUAUAUCCAGACAUUUACUAUACCCCCUCUCGGUCAUGCUGUUAUUUUUUUCUCUAUCAAAAUCCUGUGCAACCCUUUUAUACAUUCUCCAGAACCUCUCCUCAUAUGGCUUUCAUUUAAGCAGUAACCUGAGAAAUUAUUCUUGUAGCCCACGUUCACCUCGGCGCAGUCAUCCAUCGGCUUUCUUAUUUCUAUUAAUAAGAUUUAUGUUUUAAGGACAGCUCUAAUCCCUGCGCUCACACUCGCACCUCCAUUUGUGUGUUUUCCAUUCCGUGGCUGAACAGAGUUAUUGUGGCCAGUGUGGUUUUAUUCACUUUCUCGGCCUGGGUGGCUGUACUGCAAAUGCAGCUGGUGAAAGCAGUAUUAUUUUGUGAAAGAAAAGAACCUUUUGGCAUGAGGACUAUGGUUUUUAAGGCUGGAGAUAUUCUGCAGGAGAGAGAAACUUAAUACGCCAUUUAACUUUGAAGCCAAGCCAGCCACAUUCCCCUCCUCCACCCCUUCUCCUCAAUUUGUUCAGUUGAAAUCCACUUCCAUGCUCUGGCCAUUAUUGUGAGUUUCUGGUUUAUAUUUAAAAGGAGCACAAACCACAACAUUGGUUUCUAGUUUAGUUCUUUGCGGUCUGAUCUGUCAAAGCCGUUCUCAGUAAUUAUGGUGAACGCCUUUCAGUGUGCCUGGAGAUUUGCCUUUAAUCAGAUUUCCAGUGCUCUAACCAGAACCAGAUGGCUGCUUUUGGUUUGGUUUUGCUCAUAUUCUUUAGUGCUCUUAAAGAUCAUAACAUGGCAUUUAACAGCCU